AUGCAGCCUCAACAAGACCGUGUCCAAGUGGCUCCAGUGGUUUUCCGAACAGAUCUUGUGCUGACAAUAAGUGAUGCCGUUGUCAAAGAGCUCGAGGCAAGGGAGUCUGAGUUCUUUGAGACUGGAGCUGUUGACUUGAGCGCCUUGAUCGAGGCCUCUCAACGGGAGGCCAAUCCAAAGUGGGAAGAGGGAGGGCUCCAGGAUGCUGUGGAGUAUGGGACCAUGAAGUUCAAUCUAUCACAAGAAAGGAGUGACUCUUGUACACGCCUCCACCAAGUACGGAAAGAUAAAGCUCUCCAAGAACUAUAUCCCUAUUCCGACGUGCCUAGCCAACUUCAGCUUGCGCAAGACUGUAAAUCCUGGAUCGAAGACACACGAAAAUUUCCGAUCUUAUUGAAGGCACAAAUUAAAACUUUCCUUCAAGAAAGGGCUGGGCACGACAGGAUCAACACUGGUACUGAAGGCUUAGGGGAGCAUGACUUGAAGAGUGAAGAAGAUCUCAAAGCAAUUGUUCAACGCAUCAAGUCUCUCUCGAGUAAUGUCACCUCACUGGUCAAUUCGGUCAAUGGUAUCAAGAUGAUGCGAGCCACUGAAAGCAAAGGGCUUGACCCUCAGCCACCCAAGUCACAGCCAACAGAAGCCCAAGAGUCAUCUGGACUGCUAGGUAUUGCUGGUUUAACUGACAGGCUUGAGAAGAUUCAAGGCAACUUCAGCAAGCUCCAGGAGAUCCGUGGUACAGACAUUGCUCGUAUAGUUGCAAUCCAGGAAGGCAUUGACGAGGCACUAAACUCAACAGCUGAGGACGAGCAAAUCUUUGGAGCAUCAGAAUCAUUCGAGCCCUCUGCGCUACAGCCUGCUGUCGACAGUCUGGCACUCGAGCACUUCCCUGCCCUGGUGACGAUGUUCAAACCGGAUUUUCAACAAUACCAAGACAGCAACGACCUCGAAAAAUACUUCUACCAGGCAAUCGAGCGGCCCCUGGCUCUUAUUCACGAGCUGCUAAUGUCUCCCACAGAGGGAGAGAACAACCUCGUACCGGCAUAUGAAUUGGAGGAAGGCGAGAUCUUUGAUGUUGAAUCUCUGCUUGCGCAAGGUCUGCAAGGCCUGUUGUGA